GACCUAUUUUAUUUUACAUCUUUGCUCUUUUAUAUCCCCUUUCUUUUUUUUUAGUAUACAUUAUUGUAUUCCUGUCAACGGCUUUAAUGGACAUCUCUGAACUGAUUCACUCUGACGCUGUUGUGAGCGAAAGUCGACCUUUUCAAUGUACUUUUCACAACUGUGGCAAAGCCUUUGGUCGCCGCUCCGACCUUGCUAGACAUUCUCGUAUUCAUACGAAUGAAAGACCGUUUAGUUGCAUGGUAGCUGGCUGUGGCAAGAGCUUUAUUCAGCGCUCGGCCCUCACUGUCCACAUCCGGACGCAUAGCGGAGAACGGCCUCACCUGUGCGAAUUUCCGAAUUGCAGCAAGAGCUUUAGUGACAGUAGUUCACUGGCACGGCACCGACGUAUUCAUACUGGAAAACGACCCUACAAGUGCCCAAUGGUGGAUUGUUCCAAGAGUUUUAUCCGAAAAACAAUCCUUACAAGACAUAUCAAGUCUGUACAUCCAACAUGCACAAAGGGACCUGCCAUUCAAUGGCGCCCUCUUUUCGAAGCGCAACAUCGUAUGCAGUCCGUGACCUCAGCCUACCCUGAAUCACCACUGUCCAGCAACUCCUCACUGACAUCCAGCCCGAAGAUGGUGCAUCAAAAUUAUCUUUCUUCUUAUUUGGUUACACCUACAUCAUCCCCACCCAUUUCUAUCAAAUCUAUGUCUAGAACCUCUUCGUUUUCAUGCAAUCUCAGUCCAAUGUACGAACGACGAGACAGUGGUAUAUCACUCUUAUCCGCAAAACAAGACGAUACCUAUGAAGAACCUGGAUUCUUCGGUUUCGAUCCGAGACCUUUUGUACUCCUACCACAGCCAAUCUUACGCCUUUAAGCUUCCCCUAGUAAGGGGGCAGAACACACGGUUAAUGAUAUAGAUAUAUGAAAACUCUGUCAAGCCAU